AUGAACAAAGACGAAGAAGUUAAGCGGAAUCUCAAGUCGUCUUCUGCGGACGUCGAGUCCUCGGAAGCUGGGCACUCCGAUUCUUCCACCACACCGAAAUCCUCAAAAACUAUAGGAUCAGGUUCCACUCCACCACAAACUCCUCGUCGGUUUUCUUCUUCUUCAGCUCGUAGCUUUGACAAUAAUGAUUAUUAUAUUAGUACACCUAAAAGUCAGCGGGUUUCCUCUGCCAUGUCUUUAUAUGGUCGAGGCUAUAGUCGGGGACUUACUCGUCGUGUUUCAAUAAAUUCAUCAAUAUCGAAUUUUAGUACAAUGUCAGAGACUUCACUUCCUUGGACUACCAAGAACGACAUUCCAACAAUACCUCAUGUUAACAUAAGGAAAAUUAAACCAACUGAUUUUAAUAGUUACAUAAAACAAAUAACUCCUGUAUUUGAGAGGUAUAGAAAUAAUAAAGAAUUUUAUGCUGAAGGUUCGCAAUCAAGAAAAUCUGAAACAUCUCUAACAGAAGAAUCUCCAGCUGCAUCCGCAACAAAUUUAUUAGCAAAUAACCUUGAGAACUUACAAACCUCAAAGGAUGUAGGAAGUCAAAUUCCAGUCCAUCGACUUGCUAGUACUCGAAAUCCUUAUACGGUUCAUUUACCUCCUCCGUCACCUGGAGAUGAUCGACCGCCUGAACCUGUUAUCGAACUUCCAUUAUUGGAGACAGUUCCUUCAAUUUUUUUUGAUCCCGAUUUUAAUUUGGAAAAUCCUCGAACAUUUGAUAUAGUUUGUGAACAAACAGAUAUUAUAGAAGCUAAGAAAGGACUUGAGGUCAUAAGAUUAAAAAGACGCCGCGCCAACAUGGGGAGACUAUUUGAAGGAUUAAGAAUGGUUUCCGAAAUUAAAUCAACUCAACCAAUGAUACAGGUGUUAUUAGGACAGGGUGAUUAUUUUUCUGCAUUAGAUUUAAUAGACGAGGCAAAUAUUAUUUUACAUGUUGACGAGGGUCAAAAGAUUCAGUCAGCAGAGAAUGUUGUUGAACGAGAAACGAACAAUUCAGAAUCAAUCAACCAUAGAGCUACGAUGGUAAGAAGACUAAGCAAUGUCGCUGAUGGUUUUAAAAGAUCGGGAACUAUUGAUCUAAGAAGUGUCAGAGUACUUGUACAUUUCGGUGACAAACUCACUGAAAUGUAUAAAACUAUUGGAGUGAUGAUGGAAAAUGACUUGUUAAAUAUGUUGUUUCUUGACUUUGGAGAACACGUUGAAACCGUAAAUAAAUCAAAGACAAUAAGAUCGCUUUAUAAUUAUAAAAUACCUCUAUCAGCAAAACACGGCGCCACAUCUAUAAAUGUUACUAUUGACUCGGAAAUAAUGGAAAAGGAGGAUAAUUUAAAAAAAAGAAUUACCCCACUUGUAUUAGGAUUAUAUAGACAUUAUGAAUCAAAAGAUGACCAAUUGGCAGAUGGUUCAAAGGAACAAAGUUCGAACAUGUUAAAAUUCUUAAAAGGAAUGACUUUUGACGCUUUCCUUCAAAUGCUUCUAUCCAUAUAUUCUGUUUUGCUUGAAGGAUUGAAAAGAAUCGCGAUUUAUAAUGAACUUUUUACCACAAUAUUAAGGGAUGUAGAAACGAAUGACAAUUAUAAAAUUUCAGAUGAUGAAUCAAAUGUUAAAGAUGAACAAGCAUCUACACCAAAAAAUGAUUCUAAUAGUUCCCUUAGUUCCCUUGAUGGAUCAAAGAACCCUAAUAGUUCGCUUGAUAAAGAAGAAAACUCGAAGAAUGAUUCAUCAUCUAGUUCUGUCAAUUCUACAAGUUCAUUAAAUUCCAGGUUCAACGCGCUUAAGAUUACAACAGGAAUUAAGUCAAUAAUACAGAAAACUACUUCUUUAACAAAUAAACCUUUACCACCUACUCCUUCAUCGGUUGAAUCUGUUGAAAAAGAAACGGCCAUAGCAUUACCAACUAAUACAAAAUCGAAGAAAUCUAGAUCUGAUUCUAAGGACCAUAAUUCACAGUCAAUAUCGGAUUCUGCACAAAUUGUAUACGCUGCUGCCGAUUUGGCACACGUUCGUUGUGCUAAUUUAAUUGCAGUAAGGGCUGAUCAAAAUGCUCAAUUGAAUCAAAAAGAUUUUUAUAGAUUAUUUAAUGUUACUUCGGCAUUCGUGUUGGAAUGUGAAAGUUUGUGUGGUCGAAUGUGUUACGGUCUACGUGGAACUAUCAUGUCACAAAAAACGAGGCAAGCAGCUGCGUUGGUUGAAAAUGAACAAUGGGUCCAAGAACUUGUACCUAUUGAUUAUCAACGCAUUGUAGAUAAAAUAGUUAAUGCGGCAGUAUCAGGAUUAUCAGAUUUUAGAGAUGAUCCUUUAGAAUCCGUAUCACCACCAAUCUCGCCGGUUUUUCCUAUGACAAGUCUUUCAACGUCGUCACGCAAUGAUGGCGAUGAGCAUGGUACCAUUAAUAAUAGCACCUCGACGAAUGGUACUACGAAUAUUACGACACCUGUUAAUCCAUCAAAUAAUGGUAGCAGCAGAUACAUAUUUGUUGAAGAAAGAAGGUUCUUUGUUGUUGGAUGUAGUAUAACAUUAAUUAAAUUACUUGGAGAUUAUCUAAGAUGUAUGGUAAAUAUACCUACAUUAACUAAUGAGACUAUGAAUAGAGUUGUCGAUAUUCUAAAUUUAUUUAAUUCUCGAACUUGUCAAGUUAUAUUGGGAGCUGGUGCUAUGAGAUCUGCCGGAUUAAAGAAUAUUACUGCAAAACAUUUAGCACUUGCGUCUCAAUCACUUGGAGCUAUGAUUGCUUUAAUCCCAUUCAUUCGUGAAUGUAUAAGGCAUAGUCUUAAUACCAAACAAGCUGUUAUGUUAACUGAAUUUGAUCGAAUCAAAAGAGAUUAUAUUAAUCAUCAAAACGAGAUACAUGGUAAAUUAGUGUCUAUCAUGAAUGAACGAUUAGUUAUCCAUUUAAAAUCAUUUCAGGCUAUAAAUUGGGAUGAAGAAAGUACGAACGAAGCCCCUAAUAAAUACAUGGAAAUAUUGGUAAAAGAAACUACGACUUUACAUAAAGUAUUAAAUAAAUAUCUCCCAAUAGAAAUUUUACAGAAUGUAAUGACAGAGAUAUUUAAAUCAUCUAGUACAAAACUCGCUGAAGAAAUUGGUAACGUUAAAAUAACUACGGCAAUUGGUAAAAAGAGGUUAAUGACAGAUGCACAAUAUUAUAUAAGAAAAUUAUCAACAUUAGAAGGAUUGCAAGGACCUUCAGAUGAAUUAGAAAUGGCAAUUAAAAAUAUUCAUGUUGAUGCAAAAGAAGAUUUAUCAAUUACAACACCAGAUGUUUUAUCACCAUCAAAAUAA